AUGGAGCACCUCGUGGUGACAAUGCUAACAGCUGAUGAGGAUCAACUCAAUACACCAGCCUGGACAAUGAGCUAUAAGAUAGUUUCUGGAGACGAUCAGCAAAUGUUCAGUGUUAGCUCCAAACCUAACAAACAAGGUGCUAUCAUCAGAACAGUAAAGCCCCUUGACUUUGAGAAGCGACACGAGCACCUCCUGUUGGUGACUGUGGACAAUGACAACCCCUUCUCCACCCCACUGCGCAUUUACACAGCGUCAGUGACAGUGAGAGUGAAGGAUGAGAAUGAGGCCCCUGUCUUCCGACCAGGUGAGAGGAUCAUCUCCAAACCAGAGGAUCUGCCUGCAGGCACUGAACUGGUCACCUACUCGGCUACUGAUCCAGAUACAGAGAGAAAACAGACUGUCAAGUACAAGAUUGGCAGUGAUCCUGCUGGCUGGCUGCUGAUCGACAGUCAGACUGGACUGAUCACUGUCAGGAGCUCCAUGGACAGAGAAUCUGACUUUGUCCAGGAUGGGAAAUACACAGCUCUGAUACUUGCAGUUGAUGAUGAUGAUGAUAUUCCUGCCACAGGCACUGGGACACUGCACUCUUAGAAAAUUCCCUGUAAAAUUACAGUACAGUACAGGCAGCACGGUUGCCAGUACUUUACCGUAGAAUUAAGGUGCGAUACAGUAC